UGCAGUGCGACUAAAUUCAAACAACCAACACAAUCAUUUCACUUCAACAUUAGCCAACAUGGCGACAAACGUUUUCCUAAAAGGCACUUUUGGGAGGCAGAUUUUAGCUAGGGCCUUGUCCCAGAGUGCCGUUAAAGCUCAGAGUACUGCCAGCCAACCAGCUGAAAAUGCUCCUGUUGUGCGAAAGCCCUACUCACCCUUUCAGAAUACGGGCAGCAAGAUGGAAUAUGCUCUGGCCCGUGUAGAUGAUCUUUUGAAUUGGGCUAGAAAGAACUCCCUAUGGCCAAUGACAUUUGGAUUAGCUUGUUGUGCUGUGGAAAUGAUGCACAUGGCUGCACCACGUUAUGAUAUGGAUAGGUUCGGUGUAGUAUUUAGAGCUAGUCCUAGGCAGUCUGAUGUCAUCAUUGUUGCUGGAACUUUAACAAAUAAAAUGGCUCCUGCUCUUAGAAAGAUUUAUGAUCAGAUGGCAGAACCCAGAUGGGUAAUUUCAAUGGGCAGUUGUGCGAAUGGUGGUGGUUAUUAUCAUUACUCCUAUUCUGUUGUCAGAGGUUGCGAUCGUAUUAUACCUGUGGAUAUUUACGUUCCAGGUUGUCCUCCCACAGCUGAAGCCCUUCUCUAUGGAGUUCUGCAGCUACAGAAAAAAAUUAAACGAAUGAAUUCUGUGCAAAUGUGGUAUCGAAAAUAAACUAAAAAUCAAAAUAUUUAGUUGAUAGUUGUUUUGUAAAUAGGAAUUAAAGGACUUUCCAAGACACUGAAUGUGACAAUGUGUUGUAAAAAAAUAAUAAAGUAUAAUUUAAAAUA